GAAGGAAAGAGCAGAAAUGGAGAGCAAAGAUGAAGCUCUAAGAUCGCAAGUAGCAAUUCGAUGUGCCAAAGCCUCUAUUCUGCUUUAUUCGUUGAAAUCAUUCCCAAAUCGCCACUUCAAAACCACAACCAACGACAAAGACAAGGAUCUGAUGAUGGAAGAAAUCAGAGAUUUGAAAAUAAAAUUGACAAGGGAGCGAAUUAAGAGUAAGAGGAUCAAGCUCUGUGGCCUAGUGGAGGUGAUUCUUCAGGUGAUGGUGGUGUUAUCUUUUUCCACUGUGCUUUUGGUGCUUGCUUUUAAGUCUCCUUCAAAUUGAUAAUUUUACCUACUGUUUUUCGAACGAAGACCUCCAUUUGAUUAUGUAUUUGCUAGUUUUGUCUGACUUAGGUUACUUAAAACGUGAUUGACGAUUACUGAAACUACAUUGUGUUCUACUUCUACCUAUUACCCAAAUAUGCGUCGCAUUACUUCA